AUGGCCCAGCCCUUGUCUCGGCCUCUUGUCCUAUCCCAAUCUUGGCCUUGGCCUCCGGCCCCGCCCUCGACCCGCGUCCCCAAACGGUCCCAGCCCUGGCCAGCAUCUCAGCGAAUGCCAGGGUCCCGGUUCCAACCCAGACCACCCCUCCAGCCCCAGUGCCUGUCCCUGGCCUUUCCCUCACCUCUCGCUCGGCCCGCGUUCCACCCCCUGGCGCAGAUCCCAGCCCAGCUCCUCUCCCAGCCCUGUAGCCAGUGUGUACUUAAGCCCCUGGCCCAACCCCAGCCCUUACUGCCGUCCCCAGCACAACCUUGUCUUCCAUCCCACUCCCUGCCCUUGUACAAGCCCCAGUAUGCAGCCCAGCCCAACCCGCUGUCCCGACGGCUGCCCUCAUCUCUGUGUGUCACCGAGUCCUUCCCACCGGGCCCCCCUCGCUCUCAUACUCUGCCCCUCUCCCAGCCUCGACUCAGGUCUGGGCUCCAGCUGCCACCAGCCCUAUUGCUGCUGUUGCUGUUCUCUGUCCUUGGUCCGGGGGCCGGAGGCCUUUUUCUGACGGACUACUCCACCUGCUCACCCCGCAAGCUGAGUCCUUUCCGCUCCUUUGCCAGCACCGAGCUUUUCCACUUCCACAUUCCCGAGGACACAUUUCUGGCUGUUUGGAACCUCAUCAUCUUCAAGGAGCAGGGGGGAACCUUUGGAGACCACUGCCCAGACCAAAGUGUGACUGUGUAUUUCCGGUCUGGUGCACCUCCUGUCAUCAAUCCCCUACACACACACUUCCCAGGGGACACAGCCGUGCCUGGGGUUUUCUCACUGACCCUCAGCUGGACACUACCCAACCGCACCUCAGGCAUCUUUAACGUCAGCAGCCCCUUACCUGGGGACUGGUUCUUGGCUGCCCACCUUCCCCAGGCACACGGCCACAUCUCUGUCAAGGGUCUCCAGGAUGAGUGUCAGUAUCUCCUGCAGCCGCAGCUGAUUGUCCGGCGCUUGCUGGAUGUGGCUGUGCUGGUGCCUGGUCGCCCUUCUGAGCAGACCCUCUCUGCCCACAAUCGCUCAGCUCUGUUCAAGGUCUUUGUGCCCAGCUUCACCUACAGGGUUUCAGCGCAGCUGGUAUGUGUGGGGGGCCGUGGGGCAUCCGUCUGCCCACUGACACUGCGCCUACGUCCCAAGGCCCCACCGUUACACAACUCAAGCUCAGUAGCCUGUGGCAGCACCUCAGCAUGCCAGCUGGAGCUGGCACUGCCCCCAUGGGGGCACUGGGUCUACAUGCGUGUGGAGACACCACCCCGGGGCCCUGGCAGGACCAUCCGCUUCCAGCUUUGUGUGCGCUUGCAAGAAUGCCCACAGCCCAGCCUGUCUCGAGCUCUGGUCCCUGGAGCUGCUAUGAACAUGCCCCAGUCACUGGGCAGCCAGAUCCUGCCGCCAGAGCUGCCAUCCUUUGGGACCUCGGUGAUGGGGUCUGGGACCAUGUCCCCACCUGAGCACUGCUGGCCUGUACGUCCGACCCUGCGCAAUGAACUGGAUACCUUCUCUGUCCACUUCUACAUCUUCUUUGGUCCCAACGUGGCCCUGCCCCCUGAGCGCCCAGCUGUGUUCGCCCUGAGGCUGUUGCCGGUGCUGGACAGUGGAGGCGUCCUCAGCUUGGAGCUUCAGCUCAAUGUGAGCUCCUUGCAGCAAGAAAAUGUGACAGUGUUCGGCUGCCUGACACACGAGGUGCCCUUGAGCCUGGGUGAUGCAGCAGUGACAUGUUCCAAAGAGUCUUUGGCUGGCUUCCUUCUCUCUGUCAGUGCCACCUCCAGAGUGGCCAGGCUGCGAAUCCCAUUCCCACAGACAGGCACCUGGUUCCUGACUCUCCGCUCCCUGUGUGGGGCAGGGCCUCGGUUCGUGCGGUGCCACAAUGCGACAGCCGAAGUGCGGCUGCGCACCUUCCUGUCCCCGUGCAUGGAUGACUGUGGGCCCUAUGGCCAGUGCAAGCUGCUGCGCACACACAACUACCUGUAUGCGGCUUGCGAGUGCAAGGCUGGGUGGCGAGGCUGGGGCUGUACAGACAGCGCCGAUGCACUCACCUAUGGAUUCCAGCUGCUGUCCACCCUCCUGCUGUGCCUGAGCAACCUCAUGUUUCUGCCCCCUGUGGUCCUGGCUAUUCGGAGCCGAUACGUGCUGGAGGCUUCUGUCUACACUUUCACCAUGUUCUUCUCCACGUUCUAUCACGCCUGUGACCAGCCGGGCAUCGUGGUCUUCUGCAUCAUGGACUAUGACGUGCUGCAGUUCUGUGAUUUCCUGGGCUCCUUAAUGUCUGUGUGGGUCACUGUCAUUGCCAUGGCUCGCUUACAGCCUGUGGUCAAGCAGGUACUAUACUUGUUGGGGGCUAUGCUGUUGUCCAUGGCUCUGCAGCUUGACCGACAUGGACUCUGGAACCUGCUUGGACCCAGUCUCUUCGCCCUGGGGAUCUUGGCCACAGCCUGGACAGUCCGCAGCGUCCGUCGGCGGCACUGCUACCCACCCACGUGGCGUCGCUGGCUUUUCUACCUGUGCCCAGGCAGCCUCAUUGCGGGCAGCGCCAUCCUGCUGUAUGCUUUUGUGGAGACCCGGGACAACUACUUCUACAUCCAUAGCAUUUGGCACAUGCUCAUUGCUGGCAGUGUGGGCUUCCUGUUGCCCCCGCGUGCCAAAGCUGACCAUCGGGUCCCAUCUGGAGCCCGGGCCCGGGGCUGUGGUUACCAGCUGUGCAUCAACGAGCAAGAAGAGCUGGGCCUCGUGGGCCCAGGAGGGGCCACUGUCAGUAGCAUCUGCGCCAGCUGAGGGGAGCUUUGGGCCCGUCUCUGGGUGGGGUGGGCCUUUCUGAGGGCGUGGAGCCUCCCCCAGGGACCAGGGACAAGUGAGCUGAACAGUGGAGUCUUUCUCAAGGACACAGAACUCCUCCAGGAGCCUGCCCCAGGGUGUGGGGAGUGAGGGCGUGGAGUCCUGCAUACAUGGGGUCUUCAAAGACAGGAGCCUGUGCAGCACCCAAAGCCCUUGCGCAAUCAGGGAAUCCCUGUGAAGGGUAAGAAACACUUCCAGGGAUAUGGAGCCUUCCCAGGGAGCUGGAGUCGUGUCAGGACCAGGGAUCAGGCUGGAGCAGAUGGAGUCCACCUCAGGGAAACAGGUCUUCAGAUUUUCCCAGAGGUUCUGUGACUGGGGCUAGGGCUUCCUUGCCAGAAGUGGGGGCUGGGCUGGGCCAGGCUGAGCUGCAGAGGGCGAUGCAGGACAGACAGGUGGAGUGGAGACUGGGGCACUGGUAUCCUGUGUUGGUACGGGUGGAGUCUGGUGUGUCUCCAAUGAAGUCCGUGCUGGUUC